CUGCCCUUUUGUUUCUGUGUUACAGAAGAGUUGAUUGCUUCAUCCUGCCCUUUUCUCCCCAUUUUUUUAAACCGAUAAACUCAGAAUUUGGUGAUGGGCUCAUUAGAAGCCCUGAGGACUUGCUGCCCAAUUCCACUGAUAGGAGUCUCCAGACAUUCCUGCCUGCAGGAGGGGAUUAUUGAGCUCACUUCACAAAACCUACUUUUCCUCCUUUAACCUUUUUCAAAUUAUCUAAGAGAGCAGCAUUUAAAAAAAGCAAUCAGCCAUGACACACUUCUGGGGAUUGUAUUGAGCAAUUCACCAGUGAGCAUUUUUGCAUGUUAAUGCAGGAGGAUAUGAAAUACAAUGAAGUGUGAGGAGUGUGUGAAGUCUUUGCUGAUAAAAAUGCAGUCAGGUGAGGCUUAAAUUAAUUCAGGCUGAAAAUACUUACAAAUAAUGCUUUGUAAGAACUUCCUAAAUAGGAUGCUUCGAUGCAGGCAGAAAUAAUGAAGAGGUGCAAAAAUAGCCUGGUUGAAGGUGCUGUUACUGGCAUUGCUAAUUAUGGCAUUGCGUUAAUGAUGUCUUGCUGGAGCAAGGGGCUGGAUGUGGAACCCAGUGGCGUCAUCGGGAAGAUGUUUGGGUGCUGUGGGUCUGACGUGAGCUUGGGUGACCCAGUUUUAGCCAAAAUGCCCUUUUUUAAAAGUAAGCCCUGUGUGUCCAGGCAGCUUGAGCCAUCCCUGAGGAAAAAAUGGGGAAGUGGAGCAAGGCUGAAGGGCGGUGACUGAGCCCUGCGCAGCCGGAAAUGUCUGCAGAGGGAAAAGGUGGGGGAUAGAAAUCACUGAAAUGCUCAAAAUGCUCCUGUUUCCAGCUGUGUUCACCAUGGGCCGCCCUGAAGGGAAAAGGAGAACCAUGAGGGGGAAAUGGCGGCUCUGGGGGAGAAGGUCUUGCUAUGAGGGGGAAGUGGCGACUCUGAAGGAGAAAUUAUGACCCUCGGGGAAAUGGUGGCCUUGAGGGAGAAAGGACAAACCUGAGGGGGAAAUGGCGGCUGUGAGGGAGGAAUGAGAGUCCUCUAAGGGCAGCGGCAGCCCUGAGAGAGGAAGGACGACCCUGAGGGGGAAAUGGCGGCUGUGAGGGAGGAAUGAGAGUCCUCUAAGGGCAGCGGCAGCCCUGAGAGAGGAAGGACGCCCCUGAGGGGGAAAUGGCGUCUCUGACGGACGGGGUGUUGCAGUGAGGGAGAAAUGGCGUCCCCGCCGAGCUGCGCGCAGCCCAGCGAGGGCACAACAACAACCCUGAGGGCAAAAUGUCGGCUCCGUGAGCGGGUCACGGGCGGCCCGGAACGGCGCAGCCCCGGAACCCGCGAGCGGUUCCGCGGGGCCCGGGCGGGGCCUCGCCGCGCGCACCGGCCCGGCGCCUUCCUGCGGCCGCCGCUCCCGCCGCGCUGCCCCGGCCCGGCCCGGCCAUGCCGCGCCGCCUCCUCAUCCUCCUCCUCUUCCUCCUCCUCGCCCCGCACCUCGGCCGCGCCGUGGCCCCCAGCGCGGGGAGCAGCGCGGGGAACAGCACGGAGCCGCCGCGGGCGGCCCCACGGAACGAGACGCAGUCGGUGUGGGAGCACGAGCCCGGGCCGAGGCUGUCGGUGGGGUCGGGGCUGCCGGUGCUGAGGCGCGCGGUUUAUGUGCUCAGCGCUCUGUCGGCCCUGGCCGCGCUCUACUUCAUGCUGCGGGCGGUCCGCCCCAGGUCCGAGGGCCCCAGAAACAAGCCCAAAACUCAUUUCAGGUUGAAGAAGCCCCAGAGGAAGAAGUACGGGCUGCUGUCGAGCCAGGAUGAGAACAUUGAGCUGGGCUCCCUCGACAGUGACGAGGACACCGUGUUUGAAAGCCGGAACCUGAGGCGAUGACUCGGGACCAGCGGCACUGGCUGCCUGGAAUGAUGGAGGGUCCAAUCCCAGUGGAAUCUCCAGCACUCAAGUUUUCUAUCUGCUUACAGUGACUUAACUAACAGUUUGAGCCCUUCCAUAGCUGGGGCAGGGGAGAGGGGACCAAACCUGUUUUCUUCACGUGCAUUCUUGAGGACAUUUCUGGGGAAGGAUGGGAGCUGUUCACUGCACGGGGAAGGGCUGAGGUAAAGGAGAUGCUUCUGGAUGAUUUUCAGCACCUGAGAUCCGAGCUGCCCCUGUGCCUCAUAUCCCUUUCUCCUUGCCCUGGAAGCAUCAGAUUCCUUCUCCAGGCGGAUCCUCUUCAUGCAAUAUCAGGUUACUUCUUUGGGAAGUGUCUCUGUAAUCAGCUUCUGGGAGGAGCUGUGAGAGCUCUGUUACACAAAAGGGGGUGGGAGGGUGAUAGUUCAGACAGAGCAGCUUUGGGAACGAGUUAAACGAGUUAAAUUUUGCAGGAUUGGCAAUUACUGGCAUAAUCCAGGUCAUUCAUGGGUUUACAGACGUGUUAACAAAUGAAAGGGGCCACAACCCAAAGGAAUAUUUCUCCAAAAGCUGCCAAAAGGGCUGGGGAUGCCUAGACUCUGCCCAGCCCCAGCUGUGAGUUCACCAGGGACAUGUGUGACAUCUGCCAAGCUCUGGAUUUUGUGAUACCUGAGGAAGAGCCAGAUGUCAGCCAGGGACUGUCAUGGAGCAGUUGAUGACUGGAAAAGGGGGACCCCAACCCCUCUUGACUAUGAUUCAGGGCAGCCCUGGAUAAUCCUGGAGUUUCAUUCCCUUGGCUGGUACUCAGCUGGCAGCUCUCCUGCAGCCCAUUGUUAGGUGGAUAUUUGGGAUCUGAUUGUGUGGGACCAAAGGUGAAUGUGUCAGGAGGUGGGUGGUGGUGCUAAGUCAGUGAAAACUGCUCGCCAAGUGCUUCUGUCUGUGGCCUUUCCUUGGAAACUGGCAGCACAUCCUUAAAUCCCACUUCCUCCCAAGCUGGUAGUGCCUUUGGAGAACCCGAGGGAUUUGCCCUGCUGGCAGGGAGGAUCCCUGUGGCACCUUUAGGGUGAAAAAGUAGGAUAGUUGCCUUUAGGUUGAAUAUUUAGAAUGUCUUUGGCUCCUUUCCUUUGGCUUGCAAAUCCCCUGUGGAUCAGGGGCACCGAGGACUCUUGGAGAAGGGACAGGGAUGUGCUGCUGGGGGCUGGCAGAUGCUGCAGAGUCUCUCCCGAGGCAGCUGAGGGAGUGCUGUGAUCCUGUGCAAGUGGCCACGUUUUUCUGUUCAGGACAGGUGAGGUUUCCUGGAGAAAUCCCAGCCCCGUGGCAGCUCUGUCUCAUGUGCACAAAGGAUUUUAAACUGCAUACAUAUAUCUAUUUUUUUAAUAACAUUGCCAUGUGCACACAGUGCUUGUGUGUGCCCUGUUUUCCUGUCCUUUGGAUCGUUUCACAGCUAUUUUUGGAUGUUCCCUGCUUGUAGCAGCUGCAGAUGGGAGCAGGCAGAGGUUCCACGUGGGAAUCGCUGGGAUGGCUCCACCCGGCUGCAGCUUCCCUGGGGAUGAUCGGAGCUCUGUGAUCCAUGGGCAGGGAUUUUUCCUGAUCCUGCAGGGCUGCACGGGCUGGUGAUUCCCUGGCUCUUUUAGUCCCUCUGGAAAGUUGUUCCUUGUGCUGUUGAAACCAGAAGAGCCUGACUGUCCCAGUCCAGUGCCAUUCUCAGUGUUUGACCAGCACAUUCCUCAUCCUUCCUUUACCUGGAGUGAUGACCCUGAGCAUUCCUUUGGCUCCCCUCUUGUUGGGCAGGUGGGGUUUGCAAUUCUCAAGUUUCCUCACCUCACAGAAGUGGAAUAUCUGUUUAAUGUUAAAUUAUUCAGAUCAGAGGGAACCUCAAGCAGUAGGUCUUGCCCGGAAAAUAAUUCUGCUGGAAUUAACUGUGGCUGGAGCAGGUAUUUGUGUUUGAGCAGGGAAAGGCAUGAAGCAGGUGAUGUGUGCCUGGGCUGAGCUGGGCUGUGCAGGUACCAGGGAAGGAAACUGAGGUGCCAGCCUGGAAUUCCUACACCACUUCCAUGUUUUCAGAGUCUUGCUGGUCGCCUUUAAAGGGUGCAGGGUACAAAGGUGCUUGUGAGGCUGUCACUGUUCCUGGUCUUGGGCUGAAAACAGGUUGGAGCUGUUUCCACUUCCAUCCUGCCCCUCAACAGCAGUUGGCAUCUGGGUUUGCCCUUUGCAUCCCUGCUCUGCUCCAAGUCCUUGGAGGCACCGAGUGACAGAUCUGAGACUCCUUGGGGUGCUCAGCAUGAUCCCAUUUCUCUGGGAAGAAUCAGCUGGAUCUGGCACUUCCUGCAGUGUGAGCAGUGCCAGGCCAGGCCAGGGGGUUUUGGGGUGGCUCCUGCAAAUAACAGCAGCUUUGAACACCUCACGUGACAUUUCCACAAAGGAGCAGUUCAGGUGUUCCUUCCAUUACUCUUUCAGUUCCUCCACGUGUAUUUGAUACCCUCGUUUUAGGUCUCUUUGCCUCAGUUGGAUCUUCCAGCAGCUUUCCAGUUGUGGCUUUUCAGGCUAAACACAGGAAUGCAAACAGACCCGUCAGUGCCUGGUCCUGGGCAGGCUGAGGCCUCACCAGCCACUGCUGCACUUUUCUUUCUCCUGAAUCAAUCAGGGUGUUGGUGGAGGUUCCAUGUGCCUGUUGGUCUGCAGGAUUCCUGCUCAUCCCACCAAAAGGAGCCAACGGACCACGACCUGUAGCAGUCACCACACAACAGUCUGCUCUGAAUCAAUCCAAAGCCAAUUUUCCAAAGUUUACAUAAUCCCUCUGUUAUCUUGGAGGCUUUCUGGGGUGCUCUGCUGCUGAUACCAGCCUGCCCAAACGCACUGGGCCAUCUGCAGGGUUAAUGGGAUCCGUGGGAGCGGGGUGAGAUCAGCUCUCGUGGUUUUGUUCUGUGCCUGGGAUGGGACCUGCAGCCCUGUGAGUGCUGGGAGAGGGGCCUGUGGUGGGAGUCAAUAAACAGCACUUGAGCA